AUGUGUGGUGUCCCAUCACCGCCAACCGCCAUUCUUCGAUUUCCUCUUAACGCCUGUCGUCCGUUCUUUUUAUCUCUGUUGUUAUUAUUGUACCUUCCUGGGGACGAGACCGGUCGGAUGGCCGCCUUUGACUUUAUAUUGCCUAUUUCUAAGAAAGACCUCUUGAAAAGAACCACUACACGCCAGUAUGUUGUCGAGGAAAUCAUUGGGUCAAGGCAUUUGCCUGGAGCCUUAGAAGAAUUCAGAGUGGCAAUGAAAAACUGUGGUUACCUUACUAUAUUGCAGAAAUUUGAUGUUCCCUUUAGCAUAUUAUGCUCUGAAGCUGAAUCUUCCCAUUCCUUAAAAGAAACGCUGUGGCAGAUCCUUGUCAAGGGCCUAUCACGUUUUUCCAAUGCAUUGCAACAUUUGCUCCAGGAAAACACAAUUUCCAGUGAGAAUCAAUCUCAGCAUCUAAAUGCUCUGAAAAUGCUCUGUUACUUAGUUUGUCAAUUGGCAGAUGGUUUUGAAGCAGAAGAAACCAAAGUUGGCAUUGCUCAGGGCCGUAAGAAGAAAAUCAGUGAAACCCUAACAACUUUAGAUUGGGCUCAAGAAAGAGACUAUUGCCUGAAAGUGAUACUUCAAAUAGUUGAACUCGAUAUUAAUAGAUUGUGGGACCCACCUGUGGCUGAAGAAGAGUUCAUUUCUUUAAUUACUGGAUUUUGCUACAAACUCCUGGAGAAUCCAAAUGUUUCCAGACAGAAGGACACUAAGGAUGUCAUUGGCAACAUUCUAGGCAUCCUUGUCAAGCGUCACAACAGAGCACUCAGUGCCAGUUUGCGAAUUAUUCAACUCUUGCAACAUUUUGAGCAUACAGUUCUUCCUCUUACGGGAAUUGUAGAAGUGAUGGUCACUAAAUAUGGUGUCAAUAAUGUUGUCUUUGAAAUUAUGAGGGAGAUUGGACGUCUUGAUUCUAAAGAUCUUAGCAACGAUUCUUCUGGAACUCGAUCUUAUACUUUGUUUCUUGUUGAACUUGCUGCCAAGUUGCCGACCGUAAUGUUGCAGAAUAUCAGCUUCUUAAUGCCUGCUUUAGAAACUGAUUGCUAUGUGAUGAGAAAUUGUUUAUUGAGUAUCAUGAAAGAGAUUGUUAUCCAGGUUUUAAGUCAGGAAGACUUAGAACCAACCUUAAAAAACACCAGGGAUCAAUUCUUUGAGAUUAUGAAGGAGUGCAUCCAUGAUGUCCAUGCAUUUGUCAGAAGUAAAGUUCUACAGAAUUGGCAGCAGAUUGUAAGAGGAGGGUGUUUGCCUUUGAGCUACCAGGAAGACUUGGUUAGUCUUGUACUGGGACGUUUGGAUGAUAAAUCAGCUAAUGUUCGGCGUUAUGCCAUUCAACUUUUUACAGCCCUCCUCCAGUCAAAUCCUUAUGCUUCCAAUUUACAGUUCCAAGAACUUAAAGCCAAUUACAACAAGGAAAAUGAUAAGCUUGAAGCAAUGUUACAGGAGCAGACCAAGUCAGAUGAUUCUCAGUUUGGACAGCUUGAGAAGGAUUGGACUGAACAUGAAAAUCACCUGAAAGAAUCUUUGAAAGAAUUGCCAUGGGUUGAUUCCAAAGAAGUUGAAGGACUCAUAAGUGAAGAAGAUAAUCCAGAGAGCAUCUUAAAACUAAUGGUAGAAUUAAUAGAGAGCAAAGAAUAUCUGAAAUGUUACCAUUAUCUUUCUGCUUCGAGAUUGGUUUGGCCCGACAAUGUUCUCUUCAGUUUUACAGAUGCUUCAACCUCAAACUGUUCAGAGGAAGAAGACUCUACUGAGGAUGUAACUGAGGUUAUUAAACAGUUUAAAACAAUUUUUAUUGAAACCAAGAAAGUUGACUUGCAAAUUGUCUGCCCUGUUGCUCAGACUGAAACUGAACAGACAUUUGAACUAAAAAAGCAACAAGUUCUUGUCAUGUAUUUGAAGGAUUCCCUGACAUUUAGUUCUCAGCUAAAGCAAGCCAUUCCUCUUAUGUGCAAAAUGCUUCGUUCUAAACUCAACAGUGAUGUUCUAGAAGCCAUUGAGUUCUUUGUAAUCAUGUUUGAAUUUGGCCUGUCAGAUGCUUUAAAGGGAAUACGUCAAAUUCUGUUGCUGCUUUACUCUGCAAAGGAUGCUGCUAUAAAAGAAGCUGCUGUGACUGCCUACAAACGUAUUUACCUUGACCCCAAAGGUGGAAAUCAAAGAAGUAAAGCUUUGAAAAUCAUAACCAACCUGACAGCUUUGAUUCACAAUGCCUCACUGGAAGAAUUUAUAUCUAUGGACAGAAUGAUGUGCCAGUUGAUGUCAUCUGGAGAGGUGCAUUCAUCUGUUAUUCAAAUGCUGUGGGAAAGAUUCACCAUGAAAGUGCCUAAUACGACCCCUGAAGAAAGCAGAUAUGCACUCAUCCUCCUUACCAUGGCUGCUGGAGCUGACACUGAAAUCAUAAAGAGCAACAUUUCUGUGCUUAUUGCUGAAGGUUUGGGACCUCGAAGUGAAAAUGACUUUAAACUGGCCCGUGACACCUGUUUGGCACUUUUAAAAAUUGGAAUAAACAAGAAGAAAAUUGGCGACGUAGCCCCUAGACCUUACCGAUUGGAACAAGAUCAUGAUUUAUUUGCAAGACUUCAAGAAUUGCUCCUCAAAGGCUUCCCAGAUCUGGAAAACAAGUUCUGGAUUCCAUUUUGUGAAAAAGCUAUCAACGUGAUUUAUACAUUGUCUGAGAGUCCUGAUCAUACAUGUGCGGCUUUGGCAAAGGAAGUUGCAAAGAUGCUGUCCAAAAUACCAACAGGUGAAUCCGAGCUGGGGGAUUGUGGUGGUUUGUUAACUCGUUUUGUUUCUUUGAUUGGCAACAUUGCUCACAGACAGUUUGAGUAUCUCGAAAAGGAUAUCUUAUCUGAGCUGAAACGACGUGCUGCUGUCAUUGAGAAAGGAAAGACAAAAAAUAAAAAGGGUGGUGAUCGUACCUUGAACUCGACUGCUGCUACAAUUGAGGAGGAACUUGGUUUGGUUGGAGCAUCAGCUGAGGAUGAUGAAGCUGAGCAUAUACGCAAAGUUUGUGAAAAAGAAGUCCUUGUUGGUGAUACCUUCCUUGCCUUGGUAGCUCCUCUGAUUGUAGACGUGUGUCGGAAACAAUCCAAAUAUUCUGAUCCUGAUCUUCGCACUGCUGCUUGUUUGGCUCUUUCUAAACUCAUGUUGCUCAGCUCAGAAUUUUGUGACGACAAUUUGCAAUUGUUGUUCACAAUUUUAGAAAAAUCCAGUCUGCCUAAAAUUCGCUCUAAUACCAUUAUUGCCCUGGGUGACCUUGCUUUCCUCUACCCUAAUCAAAUUGAGCCCUGGACUGCCCACAUGUAUUCAAGGUUGAGAGACCCAUCCUCUUUGGUCCGUAGGAGCACAGUAUCUGUCUUGUCCCACCUUAUACUUAACGAUAUGGUCAAAGUGAAGGGUCAGAUCAGUGAGAUGGCCACUUGCAUCAUUGAUGAAGAUGAAAAGAUUCAAGGGUUGGCUAAAGUAUUCUUCAUGGAACUCUCCAAAAAGGGCAAUGCUGUUUAUAAUGUGAUGGCGGAUAUUAUCAGUCGCUUGUCAGAUUCUGAAAUUGGUGUGGAAGAAACUCAAUUCCAAACUAUUUUGAAAUAUUUAUUUACUUUCAUUCAAAAAGAUAAACAAUCUGAGAGUCUGGUGGAGAAAUUGUGCCAAAGAUUUAGGGUUACCAAAACUGAGCGUCAGUGGAGAGAUCUUGCAUUCUGUUUGUCUUUAUUGUCAUUUAACGAGAAAGCUGUUCGCAAGCUACAGGAAAAUUUCACCUGCUAUGGAGACAAGUUGGCUGAUGACAAUUUGUAUCAUUAUUUCACAUCUAUUCUCAAGAAAUCCAGAACCAAGUGUAAAGCAGAAUUCAAGACAACUAUUGAUGAACUGGAAGCUCAAAUUGUAGAGUGCCAUAACAAAGGACUCACUGGUGAAGAAGUAGUCACGCAAGUUGCUCAUGUGUUCAAAACUCCAGCCAAGACACCAGCCCGUACCCGUAGGACAGCUUCAAAGACAGUCUCUCAGACUCCAGAUAAACCUAAAAAGGCUCUUCCUAAAAAGACUCCUCAACGAAAGAAAACAAAUAAGACAGAUUACUUUUCAAGUGAAAGUGAUUCCGAAAAUGAACCGCCUACUUACGAUUCUAGUAGUGAUUCAGAUGUUGCCACUAAAAAAAUGCCUGCCUACAAAAUAAGAGCCACUCGUAAAAGACGACAUACUCCUUUGCAAGUUCUUAAUACUCCUUGA